AGUGAUUGAGCCUAACAAAGAGAACGACUUCUUUCACUAAAAGGAGGUCUGCCAUCAUCUACCUAUCCCCGCUAAAGUGAUCCCUCUCUGGGCCAUUUUCAACAUUUCAGGGGCCUCGGCACAUCAUCACAGUCAUGACCAAUCUCAACAAGCAGGCCCAGACGCCUGGAAUACCUGUUGUCAGCGUCCAGCAGCAAGAGCUGCCCAUCCGUGGAAAUUCCACUGCAGACAGAGACACAGACGCAAAGGCCCAGGACUCAAUAGAUCCUCCUCCCUAUGAUGCUCAGCCCAGCCCAAUUGAUCUACAACUUCAUCAUAUUGCCUCAAAAGAUGCCCUUGUUGUCAAGAUUCAGCCCCCCAAGACACCGUCAAGGUCAAUUAGCCAUGUAGCUUGUGAUGUGGUGCUCGUCAUCGACAUUUCCGGCAGCAUGUGCUCGUCCGCUCCAGUGCCUGGCGAAGGCGAGGACACGGGCCUUUCGGUGCUGGAUCUAACCAAGCAUGCUGCUUUCACAAUCAUCGAGAGCAUGGACGAGAGGGACCGCCUCGGCAUUGUGACUUUUGAGACUGAGUCCAAAGUGGUUCAAGCGCUAGAACCCAUGACGAAUGGCAACAAGGAACAGGCACGCAAGAGAAUAAGGGCCCUGAAGCCAAUGGGCUCGACCAAUCUCUGGCAUGGCAUGCUCGAUGGAAUCAAGUUGUUUCAAAAUGAAGAGGACAGCCCUCGGGUGCCGGCCAUCAUGAUCCUGACAGACGGCGAGCCAAACCACAUGUGCCCUGCCCAAGGCUACAUCCCAAAGAUGAGAUCCAUGGAUCCGCUGCCCGCUACCAUUCACACAUUUGGCUUCGGAUACAGCCUUCGGUCCGGACUGCUAAAGUCCAUUGCCGAAUUCAGCGGCGGCAACUAUGCCUUUAUCCCCGACGCAGGCAUGAUUGGAACCGUCUUCGUCCACGCCGUGGCCAACCUACAGUCUACUUUUGCAACCAAGGCUUCGCUAGAGCUAAGAUACGCAUCCACAUUGGAGAUUGAACAGACGCAGGGCGAUGCCGUUGACAAGCAAGCGGCUAUCGACGCCGGCAAGGGACAAAUGCAACUGACCAUUCCCUUGGGAAAUAUCCAGUACGGGCAGUCUCGCGACCUCUGGCUACGUCUCAAAGGCACUACGCAGGCAAAGCAGAUUUCAGACUAUGCCAUCGAAGCCACUCUUACCUUUGAAGAAGCCGAGAAAUCGGUUCCCAACUUGAGCUUGGCCCGCCUCGGUGACGGUACAACUAACGCAGUGGCAGCUCUCUCCACUGACGAAGCGGUCUAUCAUGAAUCCCGGGCCCUCGUCUGCAGCUUCAUCUCGUCGCUAUUCCCUCUUGGAUCGGAUGGAGAAUACCGGGUCCUCGUUGCAGCGGAGAAAAUAGCAGAGAAGCGACAAGAGCUGGCACAACUUAUCAAGACGUUACCCGGCCGAGAUCUCGCUGACGGAUUGAAUAAAUCACUUAUGGAAGAUCUCAAGGGUGACCUGCCUAGAGGACAGAUUAGCCUCGCCAUCUCCACGCCAGAGUUUUUCAUCAAAUGGGGCCGACAUUUCCUGCCAUCAUAUGUCAACGCCUUGACUCGCCAAAUCUGUAACUCGUUCAAGGAUUCAGCGCCCCUUCAAUUCGGGUCCCAGAGUCCGCUCUUUAUAGCCUGCCGCGAUCGUUUAGACAAUGCUUUUGACAACAUUCCUGCCCCACCACCGUCCAGAGUCGUUUUACGCCAUAAUGGCAGUCGUCAAGCCCGAUCAUUCACCGCCGCUCCCUCAUCCAUGGCGAGAUAUCGAAACGCUUCCGGAGUGUGCUUCGCCGGCUCGACUCUUGUGGAGCUCGCAUCGGGUCGAAUCACCGAGAUUCGGAAGCUGAAGCGCGGCUCUCGAGUCCGCACACCUCUUGGUCCCAGAAAGGUACACCUGGUUCUCAAGACCAAAGUAUCAAGCGAGACACUCUACCGGAUUGGCUCGCUGCUUGUCACGCCCUGGCAUCCCCUCUCCGUCGACAGCAAGAACUGGGAUUUUCCGGCCAACAUGUCGGAAGCGCCGGUGCUGUACACCGGGUUCAUAUACUCGGUGCUGUUGCAGCCCGAUGGCAGAUCAGAUGCGCAUGCCAUUCGUGUUGGUGAUGUUGCUUGGGGUGUUACGCUUGGACAUGGUAUCACUCGAGGAAUGGACACUCGGGCUCAUGAGUUCUUUGGCGACUACAUGAGAGUGAGAAUCGGGCUGCUGAAGCUGCCAGAUGCGGGCAGGAAAGGCGUGGUAAAGGGACAAGGAAUAGAGCGAGAUCCGGUGACUGGACACGUCAGCGGAUUCCGGAGUAUGGCUGCUGGAAAUGCAGACGUACCAUCUGAGAAGGAUAUGUCUUGACUGAACUGAGGUGAUAUCGGAGAAGAUCUAGUACUAACGAGUCAACGACGACAAAAGAAAUGACGCGAGAAGAAAAUCUAUAGUAGCAGGUACUAUUACCGUAGUUUACGAAAAGGAACAAGCAAAUGAAUAAA